AUGGUGCUCAGCCUUGUUCGCAACCAAGGUGUCCCUGCCUUAGCCUUUCCUGCAAAUGAUGAAUCCGUGUUGUGGCCGUGUUCUUUAAAGAUCUUGCACUCGGACGACCAAUUUUCCCUGUCUCUCGGACACUUUGUUUCAAUACAUGGCGUUCACGACCCGCAGCUCUUAAUCCUUCGCUAUGAAGGUGACAAUCUUAUCCCUGGGAAGAUGUCACUUGGAAAUGUUGGUGUCGCUCUUCCGGGUACAUUGUUGGACGACAUUGCGCGACAUGGGAAACCUCGGCCGCGGAUGCUGUCGCUGAUGCUCAAAGCACCCUGUUCUGUAUGGUAUCCUCGCAUUAUGAACACUGAAGGGUCCGGCCUUCACACCGGAUUCCAUAAGCUUUUACCGUUGGCCAGGGCGACAGAAGUGCGCAUCUUGUUCGACAUCAACUGGCUUGAGAAGAGCAACUUCUCCCGGCUUCAAAGCGUCAUCGAGGGCUCUCGCCAGCUUACUGGGGUUUUAGCCAUCCCACAGUUUACCCGUUGGUAUGAGGAAGUAGACUGGUCAACUCUCAACUGUGUCAAGGAUACUGAAUCUGAACCUCUACCUUCCAUCGAGCAUACGGUAGCCGGGGCUGCUGCUCCCAUUGAAGAUACAGUAGAUGACGCCCCGCCUCCGUACGCACGUGUGUCGGGCAAGCGCUCGAGAAAUGUUCGAACCAGCUUGACGCCCGAAUCUCCUUUACCGAAGCGCCUCCUUCGAGACCAUACAUACGCGCGUUCUUCAAAAGAACGUACCCCUUCUGCAUCACCGCUGAGUGCAAAAUCCACAACGUCAUCCACUGCCACUGUGCAGGUGGAUGUUUUCCAAGACCUUGUCAAAUCUGCCGUCAAGGAAGUCCUCCCAGAUUUGUUGCGUGCCGAAUUUCCUAGCAUUCUGAAAGACCUCCUUCCGGGAAUACUCGCUGGCUCCUCAUCGUCGCCAUCUCUAUCGCCGACACGACAUCCCGACCAGCUCGCGCACACGCCCACAAAGCACCGUCCAAUCCCGAGUCAGAAACUGACCCCUUCAACAGUCGUCAGAUCUGUCAUAAGCACCUAUACCGAGACCCACAUACAAAGGAUACUUGGUGAUGCCCUCGAUCAAGCCUCGCACCAAGCCUCUGAACUCCACAACUCGGCUAGCGUAGAGUUUGAGGAUUACCUUGCUGACACUCGGCUUGAUUUUGCCGCGCUCAAAGAAGACCACAUCACUGCCUUUAAUGACGAGUGCAAUGAGAAGCUGGUCGAAUUCAAAGAGCGUCUGGUAGAAGAGAGAGAAGAGGCAGAGGUCGAGGUCAAGGCACAUGCUGAUCGUGUGGUGCUCAAGACUUGGGAUCGUCUGAAUAGAGUGGACGGCGAUGCAUAUCCUUGGUGCAAGUGCGUUUGUAGUACCCCGCAUAAGCCGAGGGAGGGACAGGCGCGCAGGGCAAUGUCUCUGCCUUUGUGA